AUGACCCACAAAUUCCUCAGGUUCAAGGUGAUCCAUUACUACCUCAUCCCGAUCAUUGCUCUAGUGGUAUGGUGGGGUAUGCUUAUAGCUCUCUUGUCUGCCUGGUAUAUCCAGGGGUCUCCUAUUUACGAUUUCAUGAACGGAGAGUCUCAGACUCCCGUGUACAUCAGUGACGUUGGUGCUACCAACUUGCAACCUCUAUUUAUUUCAUGCACAGGCUUCCAGCUCAUCUUCUUCUUGGGAACGCUUGUGAUGGAGUUUGUUUUGCGAAAGAAACUGAAACUUCAACCCUAUGUGUCAAAGAAGCAGACGGUGUUCGCCAUUAUAAGCAUUAUAUGUGCAACCAUUGGCCAGUUGGGUAUCUUGUUCGUAUCCAUCUUCAACACCAAGAAUUUCCACACUGUACACCUUACCAUGGUUGGAGUGUUCAUCUUUUUCGUGUUCUGGGCAUGUUUCUUCAACUUUCUUAACUCGUUCAUCUUCGGUAAUUACCCGCAGAGAUUGUGCCCAAAUCACGAGAGGGUGGUAUUUGGAAAGCAUAGAUGGGCCAACCUUUAUAUGGUAUCAUUUUUCAUCAAGCUCGUGUGGCUUAUGGCUGCAGUGGCAUUUGCCGUCAUAUUUGGAUACAUGAUGAAGAAGAGGAAGAGAUCCUUGUCUGCUGCUUUCGAGUGGACUAUUUCCUUUUGGUAUGGUUUGCUUCUUUUGCUUUGGUCCAUGGAUCUAUUCCCCUCUGCUGUCAAACACUACAGAGUUCAUCAUCCCGAAGAGUUUGAUGAGGUGUUUAUUGAUCGUCAUCAGGGAACUCCUGUGGAGAUGGCUGAUGCUAGAGAUACCAUUCCUCGCCAGGGUUCUGCCGGAGAAAAUUCAUCGUCCACAGCCAGAAAUCUGGCAGAUAUUCCCAAAACCGAACCCAGUCAAACACUGCCACUGGGGUCAUUUAUGAUGGAAGUUGAGCAACCAAGAGAUGUGAAUAGAUAUGUUUAG